UUCGGAAACUACCACCGCAAGUGCGAGCACUACGUGAAGAUGUAUGAAAGCGGCAACAAAACAGACUGCGGCUCCCCGAGCUGUGCGCUGAGCAAGGCGCACAAACACCGGCCGGGCCAGCGGACGUGCACCUGCGCAAGGAUCCCUCGCGAGUGCCGGCGAGUGCUGAACCUGAUCCACGACCGGUGCGACGAGUGCACCCGAGCGGCGUGGGCGACGCUCGAGCGCGAGUCGAGCCGGGUCUGGUGA